AUCCCGGAAGCGCUGCCGUCCAUGGAGGUGGGGGCGCUGGAGCCGCCGCUGCCGGGAAUGCCUUGCUGUCCUCCGGCCUGAUGGCGUCGGGCGCGACGAGCCGCUCCGAGGACGAGGAGUCGCUGGCGGGGCCAAAGCGGGGCUCGAACCAGGCCUCGGGCGCCAUCCCCAAGCGCCGCAGCUCCUCCAGGUUCAUCAAGCGGAAGAAGUUUGACGAUGAGCUGGUAGAGAGCAGCCUCGCCAAAUCCUCCAGCCGCGCCAAAGGCGCCGGCGUCGUCGAGCCGGGGCGUUGCUCAGGCAGCGAGCCUUCCUCCAGCGAGAAGAAGAAGGUCUCCAAGUCGGUGUCCGCGCCCGUCGCGCCCAGCCCGGUGCCGACCGCCGGCCUGGCCAAGCGGAUGAAGAAGAGCAAACAGCCCCUGCAGGUGACCAAGGACUUGGGCCGCUGGAAACCUGCUGAUGACCUCCUGCUAAUUAAUGCUGUGUUGCAGACGAACGAUUUGACCUCGGUGCACCUGGGGGUGAAGUUCAGCUGCCGCUUUAACCUGCGGGAGAUCCAGGAGCGCUGGUACGCGCUGCUCUACGAUCCCAUCAUCUCCAAGUUGGCCUGCCAGGCCAUGCGGCAGCUGCACCCCGAGGCCAUCGCCGCCAUCCAGAGCAAAGUGCUCUUCAGCAAAGCCGAGGAGCGGCUGCUCAGCCAGGUGGGAUCGGGCAGCCAGCCCUCGCUCGACACCUUCCAGGAGCUGCUGCACAAGCACCCCGACGUGUUCUACCCCUCGCGCACGGCAAAGGCGCUGCAGCUGCACUGGCAGCUCAUGAAGCAGUACUACCUGCUGGCCGACCAGACCGUGCAGCCGCUGCCCAAAGGAGACCAAGUCUUGAACUUCUCAGAUGCGGAGGAGAUGCUCGAUGACAGCAAACUCAAGGAUGUGCGGGAUGAGGCGCUGGAGCACGAGCUGACGGUGGCCGAUCGACGCCAGAAGCGUGAGAUCCGGCAGCUGGAGCAGGAGCUGCACAAGUGGCAGGUGCUGGUGGAUAGCAUCACAGGGAUGAGCUCCCCGGAUUUCGACAGCCAGACGCUGGCCGUGCUGCGCGGCCGCAUGGUGCGCUACCUGAUGCGCUCUCGCGAGAUCACGCUGGGCAGAGCCACCAAAGACAACCAGAUUGAUGUGGACCUGGCGCUGGAGGGGCCGGCCUGGAAGAUCUCCCGCAAGCAGGGCGUCAUCAAGUUAAAGAACAACGGUGAGUUCUUCAUCGCUAACGAAGGCCGUCGCCCCAUCUACAUCGACGGUCGCCCAGUGCUGGGGGGCAACAAGUGGAAGCUGAACAACAACUCAGUGGUGGAGAUCGCCAGCCUUCGCUUCGUCUUCCUCAUCAACCAGGACCUCAUCGCCCUCAUCAAGGCAGAGGCAGCCAAGCUGGCCCAGCAGUGACCAAGGGAGGGGGGGGCUUGUGCUUCUGGGACCCCCCCCAGCCCGGGAGGGGGGCAGGGGGCGUCCCCACAACCCUCCCAUUCAGUGAUGGGGACCCACAGUCCCCUCCCUUCUCCCCCAAACUCUGGGGUUGGGCAUUUUCA